UGAUAGGUGGUCGAGUUGUGUUUGGCCGGGUGGAUAUGCGCAAGCAAAGUCGAGGAGCUUUAUUUCCCCUCUCUUGUGGGAUUAUUGCCAGCGAUGGACAGAGAGAGGAAGGGGGAACAGCGACUGGGGUUUCUUGAUUUCCACGGUUAUAAACGCGCAGAGCAUCACAAAAGGACACUGACCGUUUAAAUAUCACAUUAGGGAACCUUUAAUAGUUUUUGAAAUAUAGGAAAAAUUAGUUGCCCAAGUGAAACAGGCGCAACCAUGACCACGGAGAGCUCCAAGCAACAUUUGGAUCCAUCUGAUCUUCGCUGCUCCAGUCCAGCGGCUGAUGCUAUGAAUGCAGCUCUGCUGAGCGCACAGCCGGUGAUGGAGAGCGCGCACAAUGAAUCACCCAAAUGGAAAAAGGGAAACUCUGGCAUGAGGCGUCCUGAAAAGCCUCCCUACUCAUAUAUCGCACUCAUUGUGAUGGCAAUUCAAAGUUCACCAACCAAAAGGCUAACUUUGAGUGAAAUAUAUCAGUUCCUGCAGGCCCGCUUCCCUUUCUUCAUGGGAUCAUACCAGGGAUGGAAAAACUCCGUCAGACACAACCUGUCUCUAAACGAGUGUUUUAUAAAACUGCCUAAGGGUCUCGGUAGACCUGGCAAGGGGCACUACUGGACCAUCGACCCGAGUAGUGAGUUUAUGUUCGAGGAGGGCUCCUUUCGUCGCAGACCUCGGGGGUUCCGUAGGAAAUGCCAAGCUUUGAAACCAAUGUACAGGAUGAUGAAUGGUAUCGGGUUCGGUGCGUCCAUGCUGCCUCAAAACUUUGAUUUCCAAUCACCUCCAGGUUCAUUAGCAUGUCAUAACAGCUACAACAUAGACUUGAUGGGUAACGCAGUGCCAGGUGGCUUCGAAGGACUCGAAAGAGGAUAUCACGUCCCACAAAUGUCAUCCGGCUCCGGUUCAUCGUACAUGGCCGCAUGUCAGGUGGCCUCUAAUGCGGACUAUUGCCCGGACAGCAACAGCCCCCUGCAGUCCUCACCAGCGAUGGUAGGCACUUUGGACAGUCAGUCUCCGUAUGCAAAUGCAGCUUCACACUGGAGUUCACCUGGUGUAUCUUCAUACAUGAAACAGCAGUCGCUGGCAUCAAGCAGCCCCACUUCGUCUGGUCUGCACACGGGGAUGUCGUCUUACUCUCUGGAUCAAGGCUAUCUGCACCAUAAUGCACGAGAUUCCUCGGAGAUUGCAGCGGGACUGUCUCGAUACUCCAGCCACUCAGCUCCUGUGUGUGACAGGAAGGACUUCAUGUUGAACCUCAAUGGAAUCUCUUCCCUUCACCCCAGCACCGGCGGCUCUUACUACCAUCCGCUUCAUCACCAUCACCAAAGCGUCUAUCAGGACGUAAAGCCAUGUGUCAUGUGACAAAACACCUAAUACAGAACUGUCAAGAACUUUUCUGCUAAAUUCAACCACACGAGUGGAGUUAUUUUAAUCCUCGUUGACCUUUGGUAAAAUGGCAAUUUGACCUCUUUUUUAACCGUUUAGUAAUGGCUAUGGUGACUUGUUUUGCCACUCUCACUACACGACUGACUUUACACAUAUGAAUAAGCAAUAUCAACAUUUUAACAACAAAAAAAAAAUACGUACACGUAUCUAAAUUCAUCUUUAUUCAUGCACUUAAUUUUGUGUUGCUGAAAUUGUUGCUGAUUUCCUGCAACAGGCCAUUAAAGAGAUUUAUUUUUUAAAGGAAAAUUGGAAGUGU